AUGUCGAAAUCCCGUGAGCCCGAGAAGCCCGUCUCCUCUGAAACCUCUUCUGGCGAGGAGGAAACCGACGAUUCCUCGUCUGAGGAAAUCGAAUCUGAGCCCGAACCGAUCCGCAAGUCUUCCCCACCGCCGGCGGCCGCCAGGAAACCCCAUACCCCGUCUGGAGCAAAGCCCGACCCACCCGACGACAAGGACAAGGCCGUCGCCGCCUCCGCUUCACGGGUCAGAUCUACCAGAAAGAGGGCCGUCGAGGAGGUUAAGGGGACGGAGCCCACUGUUACCAAGAAGUCGAAGAACAGCAAGGAGGCUGAACCAGAGGCAUCAGAGAAGAAACCGUUGUUCCAAAGGAUAUGGAGCGAGUCCGACGAGAUCGCCCUUCUCAACGGAAUUAUGAAGUUUAGGGCCGAGAAGAAAUCCGACCCGUAUGAUAAUAUAGACGCCUUUCUUGCCUUCAUCAAGAAGGAUUUGCACAUUGACGUGACGAAAACCCAGAUGAGGAAAAAGAUUUCUAGGAUGAAAGAAAAGUACAGAAACAACAAGCGCAAGGAGCAGGAAGGUAAAAGAAGAGCCUUUACUAGCCAGCAUGAGCAGGAAGCCUACGAUCUGUCGGAGAAAGUGUGGGGGGCCGAGAAAGAAAACGGCAAUGGAAGUGGGGCUGGUGAGAAAGAAAACAUGGUGGAAAAAGGCAAUGGAAGUGGGGCUGGUGAGAAAGAAAACAUGGUUGAAAAAGGCAAUGGAAGUGGGGCUGGUGAGAAAGAAAACAUGGUCGAAAAAGGCAAUGGAAGUGGGGCGGAGACAGUGGGUAGUGAGAGGAGGUUUGUGUGGAUGAGGAAAAGCUUGUUGAGGGGUUUAGGCGAUGUUCCAGCUGUUGAGGACAAGGAGGGGCAAAUGGGGAAUAAGGAGGACGAUGAGGCAUUGAAGAACCUGGAGAUUGAAGAGAUGAAGAUGUACCUGAGGCAUUUUGAGUUGAAGGCUCAAAAGGCAAAGCUUUUUGUGCAGAUGAUGAUCAAGUCCCGGGGCCGUUGA